GUGUCAUUGGAAAGAUUUGCGCAAGCGCUGCGACCUUACACCAUUGUGGCUUUGUCGAACUUCUCAGAUGUUCUGGAAACUUUGGAUGGUUUGGAUUCCUUCGGCCCAAUAAAUCAGUUGAUCCUGGAAAGAGCCCAAAAAUUUUCAGGUUUCAGUCUUUCGAGUUACAGUUGUGCCAUUGCUCGGCAUCGUUGGCUUCGUGGCGGUUUGUGCGACAUUUCGUAUGAUUCCGGUCGUUUUUUCGACCAUCCGUCCACUACAAUGUUUUUGUGGAGGGGAGAUUGGCCUUGGUGGCCAUCAUGCCAUGACAAAGCGCAUGACUCCCAGGCAUUGUUGGAAAAACGAAUUGUUAGUCAAACCUGCCGCUUUGUUUUUUUUGCUGGAAUUGAAGGCACGGGUCAUCACGUUUGGCAAAUUUUGUUGCCAUAUUUAAACCCAUUUAAGAACUGGUCAGAUGCUUUGUCUACCGAAUUGUACGACGGGCAUCACAGGCUUGGGUUUUUCAGCACUUACAACGAAUCCAUUCGGUCAAAUUCUGCUAUUCGAGUUAUGCAAUUGAUGGCAGAUGCGGAACGAAGUGUUCGCAAACAGGGUGGCGGUAUUGUGCCAUUAAAUGUUUUGUGCGAAAAUACAUCUGGGAUGAUGUCUUUUCCAAAUUUUUUGGGCCCUGACAGAGCGAUUCAAAACCCAGACAUCCAUGCACUAGCGAAAGUGGCUGAAGAUGCGGGCAUCGAUUUACGUAUUGUACUGUUGGUCCGCCAUCCCACGAGUGCAGUUCGCAGCGCCAUGAAAAGGAAUUUUGAACCUGAUGUCAUGCAUGCAAUCAAAAAGUACACUUCGAGCCUGGCAUUGCUGAGUGCGCAGCUCAACUUGAUCGAUCCUUCCUUUAUAGCUUGCUGGAAGUAUGAAACACCCAACGCAGGCAUUGCCGACCUUUUGUCCUUUAUGGGGUCAAGGCAGAAUCCCAAGGCUUUCAGACAGGUCGUCGCAAAACAGUACCGACGAGGAGCCGAUCAAAUUCUUGACCUUUCUGCCGAGAGGAAUGCUGCCUUGCAAACGGCAACGGCCAUGCACAACAAAAUUGUAGCGAAGUAUUGCAAACCGCGCUUGGUGCAUUCUGGGCAUUGAAAAAGAUG